AUGCUGCUGGCCGCGCUGCUGCUGCUGCUGCUGCCCCUCCCAGACCCACGGUCUGCCCACGGGCACCCGCUGUACAUGCGCGUGCCCCCCAGCACCCUGCAAGCUCUGUCUGCCCAGGGGACGAAGGUGUUGCAGGCUGCCCAGAGAAGCGCCCAGUGGGCGGUGAAUCGGGUGGUGAUGGAGAUUCAGCACAGGCUGCACGAGUGCCGGAGCUCACCUGGGCGUCCCAGGCCUCAAGCCCCCCUCCUGAAGGAUUCACCUGAGCCAGGGCCUUGUGGCGAGAGGCGCCCGGGCGCUGUCAACGUGACGCGGGCGCACGGCCGCAUUGUGGGGGGCAACGCAGCACCACCGGGGGCCUGGCCCUGGCUGGUGAGGCUGCAGCUCGGCGGGCAGCCUCUGUGCGGCGGCGUCCUGGUGGCCGCGUCCUGGGUGCUCACGGCGGCGCACUGCUUCGCGGGGGCCCCGAACGAGCUUCUGUGGACGGUAACGCUGGCAGAGGGGUCCGAGGGGGAACCGGCGGAGGAGGUUCAGGUGAAUCGCAUCGUGCCCCACCCGAAGUUUGACCCUCGGACCUUCCACAAUGACCUGGCCCUGGUGCAGCUGUGGACGCCGGUGAGCCCGACAGGGGUGGCGCGCCCCGUGUGCCUGCCCCAGGAGCCCCAGGAGCCCCCCGCAGGCACUCCUUGCGCCAUCGCGGGCUGGGGUGCCCUCUUCGAAGAUGGGCCAGAGGCCGAGGCGGUGAGGGAGGCCCGUGUGCCCUUGCUCAGCGCCGACACCUGCAGAAGGGCCCUGGGACCAGGGCUACGCCCCAGCAGCAUGCUCUGUGCGGGCUACCUGGCCGGGGGCAUCGACUCGUGCCAGGGUGACUCGGGAGGCCCCCUGACCUGUUCUGAACCUGGCCCCCGCCCCAGGGAGGUCCUGUACGGGGUCACCUCCUGGGGGGACGGAUGUGGGGAGCCGGGUAAGCCUGGAGUCUACACCCGUGUGGCUGUGUUUAAGGACUGGCUCCAGGAGCAGAUGAGCGCCGCCCCCUUCAGCCGCGAGCCCAGUUGCAGGGAGCUUCUGGCUUGGGACCCGUCGGAGGAACCACAGACAGAGGCCGCCCCACCCUGCGCCUUAUACGCCCACCUAUGCCUGGGGCCCGCGGGCGCCUGUACCCGUCUGGCGCACCAGCAGUGUCUGCAGCGCCGGCGGCGAUGUGAGCUGCGCUCGCUGGCGCACACCCUCCUGGAGCUGCUGCGGGGGGCCCAGGAGCUGUUCGGCCCUCGCCUGGGCGUGCGGCGCCUGGCCCCAGCCCCGGCUCGCCCCGCACCGUCGCUCCGGGAUCCUCCCAGGCACCCCUCCCGCGAGCAGCGGCUGCACUCAGGAUCGCCUCCCCGGGCUACUGGCGCUCGGUUCCCUAAGCGGAGGUCGGAGCGGCGCAGUGAAGUGAAUGGCUGCCCUGGGCUGGAGCCCCUGCGGCAGAAGCUGGCCACCCUUCAGGGCACCCACGCCUGGAUCUUGCAGGUGCCCCCAGAGCGCCUGGCCAUGGACUUUAACGAGGUCCUGGCAGACCUGGGCUCCAAGACACUGACUGGGCUCUUCCGAGCCUGGGUUUGGGCAGGCUUAGGGGGCCGGCACGUGGUCUUCGGUGGCCUGGUGGGUCUGGAGCCAGCCACGCUGGCCCGAAGCCUUCCCCGGCUGCUGCUGCAGGCCCUGCAGGCCUUCCGCCUGGCAGCCCUGGCAGAGGCAGAGCCCGAGGGAGCCCACAAGGGUUCAAGGCAGGGCCGAGAGCUGGGGAGGAAGGGGCGCCACCCAUUCAGCCCUCACGUGCCCCCAGCCAGGUGGCCCUGAGCUGGGUCUCCACUCCACCCCCCGUCUCCCCCCACCCCCAUCAGGACCACUGCUCCAGGGCCUGGGAGGGGAUCAAGGAGCACGAUGACAAAGAGUCACUGCCAGAGUGGGGUGGGGGUGGGAGGUUAGGGCUCCACGUGUCUUCUCAGAUGCACCACCAGAAAAUCACAGCUGCUUUAAUAAACAUUAUUUAUGAUCCACGAAGACCACUCUAGAGCUUCUUUAGGGUGGGACUGGAGUGGAUGGACAGGUAGGGCCCAGCCUCCAGAUUCAGCUGAUAGAGGUCACAAAGACACUGGAGGAAAGCUGCAAAGCCCCCCAUCUCAGGAUAUCGGUCUGCCUUCCAAGAAAUGGCAGCAGCCGACCUGCCUGUCCCCACUGCCCUGUCCGUGGCUGCCCAGCGCUGCCCCCAGCCUUCAGCCUCUCCGCCCGGC